UCUUUUGUAAAUAAAAAUAAAAUGAAAACCAAAAUACAAAUUCCAAGUAAAGCAAACUUCUUCUCCUUCUAAGCUUCUCCAUUUCGUCUCUCAUGGACUGCGCUUGCAGUAAUUUCAGAAGCUCUUCUCUGCUUCAUCAAUGGCGAUCUCCCUCUCCGCUUCCUCACCGUCUCUUAUCGUCAAAGCUCGCCUUAUUGAGGGUAAAGCGUUUGAACCUGGCUAAGCAUGGCCGGCUGGUCACCAGAGCUUGUGGGUCUGACGAAAAUAGCUCUGUUAAUGGGUUUAACAUCACACCCAACAAGCUUUUCAUGCAAGAGGCCAUUGGAGCUGAAUAUGGAGAAGGGUUUGAGACUUUUAGACCGGAUGGACCUCUUAAGAUUGAUGUGGAUUUUUUGAACGAUAGACUGCAAGAAGGUUUUCUUAAACGGAUAAGAUAUGCCAUGAAGCCGGAUGAAGCUUAUGGGCUUAUUUUCUCUUUCGACAAUGUUGUGGCUGAUACUCGAGCUUUGAAAUUAAAUGCUUGGAAGCAGCUUGCUGCAGAAGAGGGAAAGGAAAUUCCAAAAGAGGCUGAUGUGCAAGGACAGAUGCUUUAUGCAGGUGCUGAUCAUGUAUUACAUAAGCUUUUACUCUGGGAUAAAGCAGAGACAGAACUGACUAGGUUGGCGUUAAGGUUUUCGCAACUAUUUUAUGAUAAUCUUCUCAGGCUUAGUAAACCCAUGGAGGGGCUCAAAGAAUGGCUGGAGGCUGUAUCUACAGCACGCAUCCCUUGUGCUGUUGUUUCAAGUCUUGAUCGCAGAAGCAUUGUCAAAGCCCUAGAACGAAUGGGACUCGAGAAGUAUUUUCAGGCAAUUGUGACCGAGGAAGAUGGCAUGGAUUCUAUAGCUCAUAGGUUUCUGUCUGCAGCUGUGAAGCUGGAUCGGAAGCCAUCCAAGUGUGUAGUGUUUGAGGAUGAGCCUAGAGGUAUAACUGCCGCUCACAACUGUACGAUGAUGGCUGUAGGAUUGAUCGGCGCCCACCCUGCGUAUGAUCUGGUGCAGGCUGAUCUUGCAGUUGCUAGUUUCAAUGAACUUUCCGUAAUCAAUCUCCGAAGACUAUUUGCAAACAAGGGUUCUACAUUCAUGGACCUCCAAAAACAGAUCAUAGAGAAAUCUCCACCGAAGAGGAAGCUUACAAUCGAUACUAUUUUCUGAUUCAUUUUUAUUCUCCUCCCCCUGUAAUCUAGGUCAUCUAGCAGCUGAUAUUUUUUUUUUCUUUUCCUUUUCGGUUCUUGGUUUGUACUUCAUCUCUUAAUUAGCUUUUGUCUUUGAUAUACGAAUUGAUUAUAGUGAAAAGCAAUUCAUGUGGAUUAGGUCCCCCA